UUUGGUGGACCCGUUGCCCUGUCCUGCAGACCCAAAUGGUGGCAGAGAGUCCCCUUGGGGGCUUAUUGAAAAUUACAGAUUCCUGGGCUCCCAUUCUGCAGAGUUGGAGGAGACAGAUCUGGAAUGGCUUCCAGGACUGUUUUAGCUAUUCGGGGUCCCUUGCAAUCCUGUGUGAGGACUCCUUCCACACCCUGGGCCUGAUCCUCGGCGUGGGGCUCUCACUGCUGCUCAUGUCCGUCCUGGGCUACAGCCUGGCCAAGUGGUACCAGCGCGGGUACUGCUGGGAGGGGCCUAAUUUUGUCUUCAACUUGUACCAGAUCCGGAACCUGAAGGAGCUGGAGGUGGGUCCACCCUUCACCAUCAGUGGCCAUGUCAGCAGUUCUGAUGGCGGCUAUGGGAAGUUCUCCGACAAGCUAGUCUGAUGGGGGAGUGUUAGGCUCUGGAGCUCCGGAGAGGAGGAGGCUCCUGGUGCAGCACCUGCCCCUCCCAGACUCCCUGGGCUUCGUUCACCCUCCGGGGUCUUCAAGGCCAGGCC